UUCCUGCCAAGUGUAGAGAGGAGAGAGUGAACAGGGAGCGGGGCUUUUGUCUGUUGGUCUCUCUGGACUGAAAACAGGGAGAAUAGAAGCCCAAGACUAAGAUUCUCAAAAUGGUUUAUUACCCAGAACUCUUUGUCUGGGUCAGUCAAGAACCAUUUCCAAACAAGGACACGGAGGGAAGGUUUCCUAAGGGAAGACUUCCUGUCCCAAAGGAAGUGAACCGCAAGAAGAACAAUGAGACAAACGCUGCCGCCCUGACUCCACUGGGCAGCAGUGAAGUCCGCUCCUCAAGAAUCAGUUACCUCUACUUUUUAAAAUCCUAA